GAGGCAGCCGGACCGAAUGGUUGUGAAAGUGUUUCCACCCGAGCUCGAUUCUAGGGCGGAUAUCCAGCUGUUGGGAAUCCAAACUCCUCGUUUUUUUUUCUUUAUUUUUUUUAUGUCAUUUUCAGCCAUUUUCGCUCUGAAUUUGGGGAACGUACCAGCUUUAAUCCGAGCGUGUGGUCGCUAUGCGCGGUAUACACGAGUCUAACAGUUAGUGUUUGACCAAAGUGACUGUUUCGUCGUGUGUCGUUGCGGCAGCGGGUGGGAAACAUGGAGAAACUCGAAGUCUACGUCUUCUCAGCUCUGUGCAGCGUCAACUUCUUGGUGUCCUGCCUGCUGUUCUACAAAGUGGCGCGGGUUCAGCGGGAUCCCUACAUGGACGAGAUCUUCCACGUCCCGCAGGCUCAGAGAUACUGCAGGGGGAAAUUCAAUGAGUGGGACCCCAUGAUCACCACCCCCCCGGGCCUCUACCUCGUCUCAGUGGGCAUCAUUAAGCCGAUGGCGUGGGCCGCCAAAAUGACGGGUGGCAUGAUGUGUUCCACGGCCAUGCUGCGCUUCACCAACGUGCUCUUUAACUCCGGGAACUUCUACCUGUUGUACCUGCUCAUAAGCAAGCUGCACCAGAGGGACACGGCACGGCUGAUGUUUCGGCGAAUCCUCUGCGCAGCAGCUAUGUCCACCUUCCCCGUGCUUUACUUCUUCACCUUCCUUUACUACACGGACGCCGGAUCCACCUUCUUCAUCCUCUUCGCGUACCUCAUGACGCUGUACGGCUGCCACAAGGUCUCGGCGCUGCUCGGCAUCUGCGCCGUGCUCUUCCGCCAGACCAACAUCGUCUGGGUGGGGUUUUGCGCCGGCACAUUGGUGGCUGCCAAGAUGGACGAUGUCUGGAGGACGGAGUACAUAAAGAAGAGGGACGAGAGGCCCCCCGCCGUCCGGGUGCCUUUGACGUCUGAAGGAGUGAAGAAAGUGAUUAUGUUCUUCAUGGACUUCUUCACCACGCCUGAAAACGUCAAGGCAGUGUUGCAGGUGACCUGGCCUUAUGUCAUGGUGGCAGUGGGUUUCGUAGUAUUCGUGUUGUUGAACGAGGGGAUAGUGAUGGGUGACCGGAUGAGCCACCAAGUCACCUUCAACUUCCCUCAGAUCUUCUACUUUUUCUCCUUCACCUACUUGUUCUCCCUCCCGGUAUCGGUAUGCAGCCACCGAACCCUCCGCUUCAGCCACGCCCUGAGGAGGCAUCCUUUGUUCUUCUUCGUCAUCACCAUUGUCUCCUUGCUUUUGGUUUGGAAGUUCACUUACGUCCACAGGUACCUCCUGGCUGAUAACCGCCAUUACACCUUCUACAUCUGGAAAAGGAUCUACCAGAAGCACCCGCAUGUCCGCUUACUGCUAGUACCGGCUUACAUUUUCACCGGGUGGAACUUCCUAGAGACCUUAAAGUCCCGCUCUUUCUUUAUGACCCUGGCCUACAUGAUGUGUCUCGCCUUAACCACAAUUCCCCAAGAGCUCCUGGAAUUCAGGUACUUUAUCAUCCCGUACCUGAUUUAUCGCCUCCACAUGCCUCUCCCGCCUCUUUCACGGCUCACCGGCGAGUUUCUGCUGUACACAGUCGUGAAUGCCGUCACCAUUUACCUGUUCGUCGCCAAGAGCUUCUCCUGGCCACUGAGCCUGGCCACGCAGAGGUUCAUGUGGUGAGGAGGCAUCUGGAACCAGAAAAACCAGCAAAUGGUUACCAGUAUCAGGCAUUAGAAACUCAAUAAAAAUCAAUCAGUUAAAUCAAUUAUUGUACGCCCACAUUUCUGAGCCUCAUUCCAAGAAAAGCUGACUGACAUCAACAGAGACUAUUGUGAACAUAUUGUCGCAGUAGUCUGGGAGAACGUGUUCCAUCUGGAGAAGCUUUUUUAUAGCAAAAUCUGUGCAUUUCCUUCUUGCACCCAUUCAUUCUUUUACUGUAAAUGGAAGAAGUGAAGGUCAUUAAGGAAGUUUCCUAAACAGCAUCUAAAAUUUCAGAAUCUUAAAAGGCAGUGAACGUAUCAUAGAUCACAAACAAGGCCUUAGAGGUUCUGUAUUUAGCAUACAAUAAUCCAGUCCAAAUUUGAUAAGAUUCUGAGAUAUAGCUAAUCUAAAAGUUUCCAGAUGUCAGGAAACGCACAAAAUAUCCCUGCCAAACUUCAGGGACACCAACUUCAGCAUUGUAUAGUGUCCCAAUGGUACAGAAAAUACAACUCAAAUAUUAUGUACUCCAACAUUCAUUUGAGACUUGAGAAGUUUGGAGUUUUGAAGUAGAAAACAAGUAGGAAUCAUCUCUAAAGAAACUGCUAACUUGAGCUGUAAAUGUGAUGACAGCUGCUGGUUAUUUCCCACAUUCAUCAUAUCGUCCUUUUGGACACUCUUUUCUUUGUUUGUUUUCGGUAUUUUUAGGCACAAAAUUAAGCCAUGUGACGUUUCUUAGCAACGAUUCGUCAUAUCCCUGACUGGAAAUCUUUUGUACUAAUUCACACAGCAGAUGAUCUGUAGCCCUUCAUGUGUUCCACCACAUUGCUUGGUAGCCGAUAACCAGUCGUAUUAAAGAGAAAGAGGGUAGAAUAAUACAGUGCUGCUCAUUUCCAAGAUGUUGCUGCACACUGCAGGGUCAGCUGGCAGAAAGAAGAUUCCUACUUCAACCAAGAAAGACAAAUUCUGCUGUUUAAAUCUACAUUCAAUCAUGGAACAAUAAGUCUCAAGUGAUGUUUGCUACUUUUCUGUCCUUGUUUAGGAUUCUACUUUAGUCAGUGGUGGUAAAACGUGGGUACGAAUUAGUGAAGGGGUGAACUGACCCAAAGCCGAAUGAAGAGACCAAAAAUGUCUUCUUUUUUUCUUUUUUUUUGCCAAACGAAGAACAUUGAUGUUCAAAAUUUUAUGUUAGCGGGAGUGUUAGCUUGAUUACAGGAGGAUAGAAAUGGUUUCCAUAACUACUGUAGUUCUUACAUUAUCAAAAGUCAUGAAUAUCCACUGGAGCUAAACAAUAAAUUUACCCGGGGUUGUGUGUUUAGUUGGUUUUUUUUGUUUUUGUUUUUUCUGUUUUUGUUUUGGUGCUUUGAUGUUUUUGUCUUUGCUAAUUUGCAUACAUGUGAUUAGCUUUGCUAGUUCCGGUUUUACCAACAUCUGUCUGUGAUAGAAUAUAAAACCCGAUGUCGUUUUUCUA